AUGGGGUCUCUUCCUUUUGUGAUCGACACUGCAAUGGAGGGUUCUGUUCUUCACUCUGCUAAUUAUCGGCGACCAAACUUUCCUUUAUUCGCGUAUAGGCCGUUAAAGUUUCUUGAUUCUGGCGUUUUGACUGAUUCGGUAUUUGGGUGUUUCAAAGUUGUGGGUGAGGAUAUUGGUAGGUCGUCUUCAAUUUCAUGGAGAACUAAGCGUCUGAGAGCAAAAGAAAAGGGCUCUGGAGACGUUGAAGAUGGUGAUAAAUCAGAGGAUACAUUUCAGGCCACAAUAGAGAAGAGCAAGAAGAUUGCAGAAAGAAGGAAACUAGUUUCAACCAUUAAGAAUAGUAUAGUAGACCCACAAGGCCAAUUUUCCAACGAAGAGGAGGACAUCACUUUUUCAAGUCUGAAUAUUGCUUCAACCCAUGAUAAUGCCACUGAUGAAGAUGAUAGUAAUGGAAAUUUAUCUACCACAAAGGAGCCUGAGGACCUACCUCCUAAAAAGGCUUCUUUCAGUGCAAAUUCCCCAAACGCAUUGGAAAAAAUUCCUUCUGAUGAAGGUGCAAAGGAAACUGAGGACUUACCCAUUCAAAAGAGUUCCUUAUAUGUAAAUUCCCGCAAACAGUUAACAGACACUGCUUCAGAGGCAGUUAGGGCCGCUGAGCUGCCAUCCUUUCUUUCGAGUUUCUCUGCAACAUCCAUUAUAAAAGAUGAACAAAAAGAAGAUUUUAAAGAAUCAAGUUUACAAGAGGUGACUGGUGAGGCAAAUGAUCCUGCGAAUGACAAUGUGAAACCCCCUCCUUUGGCUGGGCCCAAUGUUAUGAAUGUUAUAUUGGUUGCUGCAGAAUGUGCACCUUGGUCUAAAACAGUAUGCGACUCUCACACUAAUUUACAAAGAGUUCUCUUAGGUGGGCUUGGAGAUGUUGCUGGGGCUUUACCAAAGGCUUUGGCUUGGCGUGGUCAUAGGGUUAUGGUUGUGGCACCACGUUAUGGUAAUUAUGCUGAACCUCAAGAUACUGGAGUUGGGAAAAGGUAUAGGGUUGCUGGGCAGGAUAUUUUGAAGCGAAUGGUUUUAUUGUGCAAAACGGCUUUUGAGGAGUAUAGGUGCAGGCAAAAGCUGUCAUACUCUCAGGUCCCUUGGCAUGUCCCAUGUGGUGGGGCCUGCUAUGGAGAUGGAAAUUUGGUUUUCAUUGCAAAUGAUUGGCAUACUGCAUUGUUGCCGGUAUAUCUAAAGGCGUAUUAUCGGGAUAAUGGAUUGAUGAAAUACACGAGGUCCGGCCUUGUAAUUCACAACACAGCUCACCAGCCUAGAAUCACUGCAUCUCGUGCAUCAAGAUCUGAUUAUGGCCAUUACUUCUUGAGGCUUUGA